CACAUGGUAACGAACAUGAAAGGUCAGAGUCAGCUCCCCAUCCGUCACCGACGGAUCUUCAGAGCGAAGGACCCUUUUAAAUUCCGAAUAUCCAUUUACUCUCCCCCUCCCUUCUCUCUCUCUCUCUCUCUCUUUCUCCUCCAUUUUUUUUUUUCAUUUUUAUGACUUUUUCUCUGUGUAAUUUAGGAUUAAUUUCCAACUUUUUUGUUCUUUCUUUGUGUUUUGUUUGAUUUUUUUUUAAUUAAUUUUUUACUUUUUUUAAUUCCUAAUUUUUCCAUUUUGACUUCUGAGUGGUUAGAACUUAAAGAACUUUAAAAUUCUGGAAAUUUCCUUCAGAAAACAACGCAUUCAUCUCUAAUCCAGCUCUGGUUUCUAUUAAGGGCCACUUCAUUGGAUCUAGUGCUUCUCUGUUCUCAUUGAAGGAUUCUCUUUUGUGAUUACAAUUUGUUUUAGGAACUUAAAACUUCGAUUUCCAUUUCCUGGAGGCCGAGGGGAGAAAGGAUAGACUCUGGAAGGAGGUUUUUCCUAUUAAGGUCUAAACAAUAAAUUGGAAUUGUAAAGGUUGUUUAAUUUACAAGUAUCAAGAUUUCGUGGGUACUGGGUAGAAUCCUCAACAGCAGAGCUAAGAGGUGAGAGACAACUGUGUCAAUGAGGUUGACUGGAAAAGUUUGAACUUUUGGUAUUGCCAAGCAGAGUGUACAGUUUCAUGAUUUAGAAGGCUAGCGUGGAUAGAGUGGGUUAUGUGUUUUUCACAUGGCUCUGAGCGAAAAAGAUCUUUUUAUUGAUCUUGAAUGUGGUGGUACUACUAGUGAAGAAGAAGGGAAUAAUGAACAAUACACAGGUGCUAAACCAACAAAGAAAUUGUUGGGUAGGGCAUGGGAUGGGUUUGUGAGCUUUGAUGGUGCUAUCAAAAAUGAAGAUGCCAAUGCCUCGAGUUGUGCUGAUGUUUGUCCAGAGAAUUCGGAUAUGUUAACAGACAAGAAGUCAGGAGAAGAAUCAUUGGGCCUUGGUGAAAAUAAAAUGGUGAAGGAAAAACGUAAAAAGACAAGCGCUAAAAAGCCUCCAAAGCCACCACGACCUCCCAGAGGUCCAUCAUUGGAUGCUGCUGACAUGAAAUUGAUCCGAGAGAUCUCCGAGCUUGCUAUGUUGAAGCGGGCCAGGAUUGAACGGAUGAAGGCAUUGAAGAAGAUGAAAGCAUCCAAGGCAUCAUCAUCAAGUAGCAAUGUGUGUGCCAUGGUCAUCACCAUACUUUUCUGCCUUGUAAUGCUUUUUCAAGGAAUGUGCUCCAAAAGCUGCAGCUCUAGUGUCAGCUUCCAGGGAUCUCCUGAAACAGCUAUUGGAGUGAUUGCAGUUCAAUAUAAUAAGACUCUUCCUGCUAGUGAUGCCAAUGGAACCAAUAAUCUAUCACCCAAUUUUGUGGAACAGGUUGCUGGGUCUGCUCCCGGGGAAGAGGUGAGUAGGGCUUCUGGAUGAGAAAUGGAAUGUCAAUGAGAAUUUGGAAGGCGCUGUGAGGCCUCUCCGGUGGAAGAUAUGUAGGUGUCCUUGCCAGUUUUGGUACAAAACAGCUCGUUUUAUUGAUUUCAGCUGUGUAUACGUGUAGAAAUUUUGCCUAUUGAGGGUGAAAUGCUUAGGGAAAGUUGUUUUCUCCUCUAUACAAGUAGAGAUUUAAAUUAGUGGUCUGUGAAUUUGCAAUUGUUCUUCAGUACCUCUUGAUAUAAUAGACUUAGGGAUGUGGUAUUAUGCUCAUAAACCAAUGUUUACAAAACAGUCAACCGGUUUCUGAUAUUGGUUGGACCACCAUUUGGAUUGUUGACUAUCUACUUAUAAAGUUCAAUAAUCAGAUUAUAAUCUUCCUAA